UUAUAGAAGCCGGGUGGGGACUUCUCCCUGAGCCAGAGUCAUCCCUCGGCUUGCUGCUCUUGUCAGCUUCCACCCUGACUUCCCCUGGCUGGUUCUUCCCUAGCGAAGAGCAGGUGGCAAGGCAGGUUGCAGCGGCAAGAGAUACCCCAGGAACGCCUUCAAGAGCUCUUUUGACACCUGGAGUUUCGGCGGAGGGAGCGGAGACGCACCAGGUGUUGCCAGCAUGCCAAGUAUAUUUGCCUACCAAAGUGCUGAAGUAGACUGGUGCGAAGAGAAUUUUGCACAGUCAGAGUACAUUGCAGAAUACUACAACACGAUCAGCAAUGUUGGUUUCUUCAUCCUGCCUCCGAUGCUGAUGUUCCUGAACACGCAGUAUAUCCAGUACCGACCAAUUCCCAUCCCGGGUCUUACUAUCAUGUCAACAUUGAUUGGCCUGUUCUCCGGCUACUUCCAUAUGACUCUCAGCUACGCAGGGCAGAUGCUGGACGAGCUCUCGAUCCUUUGGGCAAUCGCCCUCUGCUAUGCAUUCUGGAUGCCUUGUCACUAUUUCCCGUCGUUCAUCAAAAACAGGGAUCAGUUCGCGUGGCUGGUGGGCAUCGUGACCGUCUUCAGCACCCUGAUGUCCUUUGUGAAGCCCACCCUGAACGCUUACGCCCUCAACUCCAUUGCCAUACACCUUUUAUACUUGAGCAACUUGGAAUUCAGAAAGUGCAAUAACGUCCGCAUUCACCGUCUCAUCAGAACCAUGGUAGUGUGGUGGAGCAUCGCCAUCACCUGUUGGCUAACGGAUAAGUUUUUGUGUAGCAUCUGUCAGAGGGUCAAUUUCGCCUACCUUCACAGCAUCUGGCAUCUUUCUAUCGUCGUAGCCAUUUUCUACUGCGCCACCACGGUCGUCUACUUAGAUGUCUUCUAUGACUUCCCUAGCUGCGAGCCCGAUGUGGCUUACUGGCCCAGCGAGGGUAGCUUCUUUUCACUGCCGUACAUCGACCUCCCGAAACUGAAGAAACAGUGCUAGAGGGACUGCUUGACCGCUGAGGAUGACAGGAGCCCUGCACUGACCCCUACAGAGUAUAGCGGGUUCGAUCCAUUGCGACGACUUAGUGCUACGCUUGUUUGACCGGCGAAAGGCUUUGCGCUGCCAAACCCUUGUUGCGUGGGAGAAAGGCCGGUAGCUUCGUCGCAUGGCUUCUCGCCCAAUCUGUUGUGCGGCGAGUUUUUCCGCCAGCCUGGCCAUACUGUGCGGGGUGCCUCCAUUACACGACAUUGAAACUUGCCUGUCCCCCCCAGCAGCCAGAGAAUGACGGACACUGUAUUUAAGCUAUUUAUAGAGGACAUGUGGAGGGAAUGAGAGAACGAACGGAUCUCUCACUUUAUGGACAUUCUGCACACGUUUACCACCCGUCUUUCUCCGGCCUGUAUUAAACUGCACUUUGAAAGAAA